ACGAAAGCUCUCUCUCUCCAAACAGAAAAUCCAGGAAGCUCAGCUCAGAAAACAAAAAGCCGUAAUCUUAUUUCGAAUAUAGUCGCUGAGUCCUUAAGCCGUCCCGCUGCAGCGAGCUGUUUGCUUCGGGCUUACUCUAUUAGAAGCCGAUCGAUGAAGCCGCCGCCACCACCAUGAAACGUCGUUUUCCGAAAACAGCCCCUCAUUCAUGGACCCCGAAGUCGUCGAAAUCCCGCCCACGAUUUUCCGGUCCUCAAAAUUGCUCAGACAGAAAGAGGUUAUUUUUCAUGAUGUGAUUGAUAUAGACAAAGAUGGAGAUUCUGCUGAUGUCAUGUUCAUUGAUGAAAAAUUUGACCCAAGUAACAAGGGGAAGGAAAUUCAAGAUGUUUCUGAUGAUUAUGGUGAUCAUCAAGCUCAGGAAGCUUUGGCCAAUUAUUUUCUUGGUCCUGGAAAGGAAACCCUCGAUUCAGUGAAUGGGGUAGAAUCCCCAGAGAAUUUUUCCCCUAUGUCUCAUAAUUUAAUCAACCUUGAUGGUCAUAGUUCUGAUCUAUCUUAUGAUGAUAAUAAUGAUGUUUAUUUUGAUGAUUUUACUGAUGUUGAUGAGUAUGCCAUUGUACAAGCCCAUUUUGAUAACAUGGAUAUUCCUCCUGGAAUAGAGGCACCGAUUCCUUGGUUGCCAGUUACUGGAAAUAUUUCACACCAUUCGGGGCCUCUAAUCCACUUGGAUUCUGUGAGUACCCAUGGGAUGGACUCAUCUCUGUCUUCAUGGUCAGCAAAUCCUGCUCACGUCAAUGUGAAGACAACUUUAGUGGGCAGUUCAGGUGUGCAAACCCAAAUGGAUUCCGUGGUUCAACCUCCAGGAAUAGAUAUGACUUCACCUUGGAAUCAUCCACAAGUUUCCCCAAAUAAAAAGAAAUCGUCUGGUUCAACACAUAGAAGGAGUGCUCUGAACCUCCCACUCGGGAAAGAAUCAUCUAAAUCACGGUGGUUUUUGGAGCCUUUCAAAAGCAAGAAGAAGUCAGCUGCUUCAAGUAGUUCAACUAAUCAUAGUCAUGUAAAUCAGUUUGACUCAUCACUUCCCCCUGGAGCUGAAUCAUCUACUUGGGCGCAUUAUAAACCUGAAAUGGUAAAGAAGCAAGUUGGUAGGAGUAUUACAUAUUAUCCAACUUUACCAGUGCAUACAGAUGCAUCAAAUUAUUCUCCUGGAGUAGAACCAUCCGCACCCUGGUGGCAGGACACUUUUAAAACUAAAAUAAUGAAGCCAUCUUUCACUAACCAUACAGCACAUUCCAGUUUUUAUGUUCCAUUUCAUGGUUUACAUGCUCCUUCUGAAGAAGUGGCAGACACACCCUGGGUUCAGGAUUCUGGUCAAAAUCAGUUUGAUGUAGCUGCUGAAGUUAGUUCAACAUUCCCUGCUGAGGCCAUCUCUGGUAGGGGCAAAGAUGAAAUUUUGAGGAAGUUCUGCCUUUUUAAACAAUUUGAUACCGUAGAGGAUUAUUCUGACCAUCACUAUACAGGCCAAGGUUCCUACACAAAGCAGCCAUCAAAGAAUUGGGCAAAGAGGAUUCAGGAGGAGUGGAAGAUCCUGGAGAAGGAUUUACCAGAGACAAUAUUUGUUAGGGUUUAUGAAACAAGGAUUGAUCUUCUGCGGGCUGUCAUCAUUGGAGCGGAGGGUACUCCCUACCAUGAUGGUCUCUUCUUCUUUGAUGUUUCCUUCCCCAGUGGCUAUCCUAAUGUACCACCGCAUGUUUACUACCACUCCGGUGGCCUUCGACUGAAUCCUAAUUUGUACAAUUGUGGGAAAGUAUGCCUCAGUCUACUUAACACAUGGUCUGGCAACAAGAAUGAGAUGUGGAUUCCUGGUGUAUCGACUAUGCUGCAAGUUCUUGUCUCCAUACAGGGGCUGAUCUUGAAUACAAAGCCCUAUUUUAAUGAGCCUGCGUAUGCAAAUAUGGGUGGCUCAGCCUCUGGUGAAAUGAGGUCCCAACAGUACAAUGAGGAUAUAUUUAUCCUCUCUUUGAAGACAAUGAUGUACACAAUGAGGAGGCCACCAAAGCAUUUUGAGGAGCUUGUUCUGGGGCAUUUCUACAAUUGUGCACAUGAUAUUCUAGUGGCAUGUAAAGCAUAUAUGGAUGGUGCUCAAGUAGGAUGUCUGGUCAAAGGUGGGGUGCAGGAUGUUGAUGUGAGCGACAAGAGCUGCUCAAAUAAGUUUAAGAAUGAUUUGGCUGGUUAUGUUGAUAUGCUUGUGAAAGCAUUUACCCAAAUUGGAGCCGAGAACUGUGAUAAAUUCCUCUCACCUGCAAUGAAUAGGAACAUACGGGUGUCUGACAUGCCCAAGGCUGCAACAUGAAUACUUUUCUGGAUGAGGCUGAUUGAGACUUGAAACAACUUGUUUUACAUCAAUGACGUGCAAUUUAGGUUUCUGAUAUUAUCUUGAAGAUUAAAGAGUUAAAUUUUGGAGUAUGUACGUUCAUACCUGCCGGUUGUGGACAUGUAAUUUUGGGUACUGUAUAUAGCUGCAGAUAUGGAUGGGCUCAUAAAAGAGGAGUAAUUGUUUUAGGAUGGAGCCGGACCAACACCCCCCACACCCCCCUUCCUCCUUGUAAGUUACUUAUAGAUCUUGGUUUCCAUCUUAGCUAAGACUUCGAUGCUGAAUUUCUUAUAUUUAUACCCUGAGGAUACUUUUAAGGUGUAAGAUCAUGCAUAUAUUUCUAGAUAUGGAUGCAACCCAUACACGAUUUGAAGGGUAGCUUAGAAUAUUGCAAAUUUUACUUGAAAGAAA